UCCCAAAUUAAAGUUUUAUCAACAGAGGUCCAGAGACUGUAUGUCUGGAUUGGGAGUGUUGGCAUCGCAAAUGGGUCCAGCAAUCCUUGUCUAAAUAACAUCAACAAGACAAGAAAAUUACGUUUUCGGGUAAAAAUCCAUCGUGAGCUUGGGAUUUUUUGGUGAAAACUUUCUCGAAAUGUUAGGUGUCGGACCAAAGCUCGAUGGGGGCCCUAAUAUCAAAUUUUUUGAGUGCUCCGAAACUAUAAACGCUCUUGAAGGUGUUAAAAACUGGUUAUUUAAGAAUUCUAAGAAGUAUGUAAAUAUCGAGACGUUUACCAAUAAAAUUGUCGCUCAAAAUGUGGUGCAACUGCUUCAGUUUCAAGAAGAUUUUUUAGGAAAAACUGCUCAGAAGCCCCCCAUGACUCGGAUUCCGCUAAAGCAUUUUAUGGACCUUAAGCCAGGUGGUGGUUUAUGUCACUUACUAAACGCUGCCUACAAAUUCCGACAUGAGGAGGGUUGGAGAAGAUUCGAAAUCCCUACAGGCAAGCUGGAAAAAAUAUUCGAACUUUUUCAUUGCAUGGAAAACGCUUUGGUUCAGAAUGACCUCUACAGGUUCCCCGUGGUUUAUAUAAUGGAUGAUGUUGAUAAGAAUGUUGUAAUGAAAAUCAGGGAAAUCAUAAGAAAACGACGCGGACAGAUUGUUGAAAAUGAAGAGCUUGCCACACAUAUUUUAUAUAAUCCAUCUGAUGUGCCCGUUGAGGAGUACGGAAGACCAGUUGUGAAAAGAGAUAAAAUGGUUCAAAUGCAUUGGUACUACUUCCCCGACUCGUUUGAUACCUGGGUGGAAGGUGAAUCGGUUGGUUUGGAUGGUAUGUCCAUAGACAUUCCAAGCCCAAGGUCAGGUCCUUGGCGUCUAACCUACUCUUGGGUAUUUGAUACGGAGCAGUAUAAUGAAUGGAUGUCAGAAGAAGAUUACGAAGUAGACGAAACUGGCAGAAAGAAAAUUCAUCCGAGACUUAUGUCUGUUGAGGACUUAAUGUGCUCUUCAGAUGAUAGCAGCAAAAAGAAACGGGAUAGCAAAAGAAAAAGAUCACCGUCACCCUCUUUGACCUCAAAAUCCAUCAAACGAAAAAGUAGUAGAAGCCUGAAUUCAGGCCUAGGAAAAAAGUGCAGCAGUGGUGAAGACUCAGAAGAUUUAACGAAGGAUUCAGAAGAUCCCUCUCCAGAUUCUAUGAUAACAGAAGUACCGUCUUCACCCAACAGCCAAGGCACUAUGAAGAAAGAUGAUGCUUCAUCAGUGAAGAAAGAGGGUAGUAUUAUAGAACUGGAUGAAUCGGAGGACCGAACGGAAGACAACUCACAAACUGGUAAAAGCGAGACAAAUACUCAAGAUGAUACGCAGGAAGACAAUGUUACUGAGCAGACACACUAUAUUAUUAUUCCGUCAUACUCUGCAUGGUUUGAUUAUAAUUCGGUGCAUGAAAUUGAGAAAAGAGCAAUGGCAGAAUUUUUUAAUUCCAGAAAUAAAUCUAAAACUCCGGAAAUGUAUGUUGCUUAUAGAAACUUUAUGGUAGAUACCUACAGGCUAAACCCAACAGAAUACAUAACCAGCACAGCCUGUAGAAGAAACCUUGCUGGAGAUGUAUGUGCUAUCAUGCGAGUCCAUGCUUUCCUAGAGCAAUGGGGCUUAAUAAAUUACCAAGUAGAAUCCGACUCCAGACCAUCUGCAGUGGGUCCUCCUCCAACAUCACACUUCCACGUUCUUUCUGACGCCCCCUCCGGUCUUGCAGCUGCUAACAACUCCCCAAGAACUCUUCAACCAAAUGUUGCUAAAACCCUCUUGGAUAUUGUCGAUAAACCAUUGGAAAUUAAAAAGGAAUCAUCUUCUGAGCUAUUCGCAGACUUUGGACUUAAGCUGGACCAAUAUGCUCAAAAACCUGCUGUUUAUCGAAAUGCGACUGCGGCAUCUUUAAUAAGAGAGUGGACAGAACAAGAAACGCUUCUUCUAUUGGAGGGUCUGGAAAUGUAUAAAGAUGAUUGGAACAAAGUAUGUGAACACGUCGGUUCUAGAACCCAGGACGAAUGUAUCCUGCACUUUCUCAGGUUACCCAUUGAAGAUCCAUACUUAGAAGAAACAGGUGCUUUAGGACCCCUUGCUUAUCAACCCAUCCCAUUUAGUAAAGCAGGAAAUCCAAUAAUGUCAACAGUUGCAUUUUUAUCCUCAAUUGUGGAUCCUAGAGUAGCAUCAGCUGCGGCAAAAUCAGCAAUGGCAGAGUUCGCUAGCAUUAAAGAUGAAGUUCCAGCUGCAGUUUUGGAUGCUCAUCUGAAAAACGUCGAAGCUUCAACAGCUGCCGGAAAGUAUGAUCCCGCAGCAAGUUUAGCGUUAACUGGUAUAGCUGGCACAACGCCUGACAAGGAAGAAGAGGAGAAAAAAGAAAAAGGAGAGGAAGAAACUCCUGAAAUUAAAAAAGAAGAAGCUGACGAAGUGAAGCAUGAACCUGAUCGAAACCAGAACUCUACAGACGUGAAAGUUAGUGAAAUGCAAACAGCUGCAGCAGCUGCCCUCGCUGCUGCAGCUGUGAAAGCGAAACAUCUAGCUGCUGUUGAAGAACGCAAGAUAAAAUCUUUAGUAGCUCUUUUAGUGGAGACGCAAAUGAAAAAGUUAGAAAUAAAACUGCGUCACUUUGAAGAGUUAGAGGCUACCAUGGAGCGUGAACGUGAGGGGCUGGAAUACCAAAGGCAACAGUUAAUAACAGAGAGACAACAGUUUCAUUUAGAGCAACUUAAAGCAGCUGAAUUUAGAGCUAGGCAGCAAGCACAUCAGAGGUUGCAAGCCGAGCAAGGUCAGUGGCAAGGGCCUGGUCAAACAACAGGUUCAAAUUCCAACGAUACGGUGCCCAGUAAUGCUCCUACCCCUCCAUCCCCACAAGCUUCAGCAGUUUCCUCCCCACAAACUCCACCACAUCAUGUUAUUGGGGAUGGACAAGACAGUGAGUGAUAUAAAAUAAAAGGCGUAAACCUUGCGCCUUUAAUACCAGUAGAGGAAGACGUUAUAGGACCCGUACAGGCUUGUGCAGCUGUGGAGGAGUUUGAGGGGCCUACGUAAAAUGGUCCAAAGCAAGAAUUAGGAACGGAGUAGGUUCUUGUACAAUUUAUACUUUUAUUGGGAGACAUAUAUUAACCCUGCAUCAGCAUUAUACAUUUCUUCCGUAUUUUUUAAAACAGUUGUGAUGUGCUAAAUAAACAUGUAAUAUAAAUCUGCUAGAGCAUUAAAUUUAAUCUGGUUGUAUGUGUUAAUCAUAGGUCUGACUGAAUGUGAAACCAUAGUUAUUGAAAAUAAAGUUGUAAGAUCAUAGGAGUAAAUAGAUUGCGUAAUCUUUGUCUUUUUA